AUGGCUGAUCAGGUGAAGCUACAUGGAACAUGGUCUAGUCCAUUUGCUUAUCGAGUGAUAUGGGCGUUGAAACUGAAAGGCGUCCCAUAUGAAUACGUUGAAGAAGAUCUUUUCAAGAAAAGUCCUCUGCUUCAACAGUACAAUCCCGUUAACAAGAAAAUCCCAGUACUUGUUCAUGGUGGAAAACCAGUUUGUGAGUCUAUGAUUAUUGUUGAGUAUAUUGACCAGACGUGGCCUCACAACCCCUUGCUGCCCACUGACCCUUAUGAGAAAGCCAUGGCUCGGUUUUGGGUCAAAUUUGCUGAAGACAAGGGUUCAAUUGUUGGGUCAUUAUUCCGAGUCAGUGGUGAGGAGCAUGAGAAGGCCAUUAAAGAGAGUUUGGAAAUGCUGAAAAUUGUGGAAGAGCAUGGACUAGGUGAGAAGACAUUUUUCGGUGGAGACAAAAUUGGCAUAGUGGACAUAGCAUUUGGAGCAUUUUCUCACUGGCUGGGUGUCAUUGAAGAAACACUUGGAUUGGAAUUGCUUCAACCCAAUGCCUUCCCUCGCUUGCAUGCAUGGACAAAGAACUUCAAGGAAGUUCCUGUAAUCAAAGACAACCUUCCUGAUCGUGAUAAAAUGUUGGUCCAGUUAAAGGGGAUUAGAGAAAUGUACUUGGCAUCUAAGUGACUUUUAGAGCUGGUUUCUUUCUACUUUGAACUACUCCUAAUAUAAUUAAGGAAUUUGAAGU